GCUUGGGAAUGAAAGGGAUAUUGACAUCUCUUCGUUGUCUUUCAGAAAAAGAGCAACAGGAAGCAAUUGAACACAUUGAUGAAGUACAGAAUGAAAUAGACAGACUGAAUGAACAGGCCAGUGAGGAAAUUUUGAAAGUAGAACAGAAAUACAACAAACUUCGCCAACCUUUCUUCCAGAAGAGGUCAGAAUUGAUCGCCAAAAUCCCCAAUUUUUGGGUAACAACAUUUGUCAAUCACCCACAAGUAUCUGCACUGCUGGGAGAGGAAGAUGAGGAAGCACUGCAUUAUUUGACCAGAGUUGAGGUGACAGAAUUUGAAGACAUCAAAUCAGGUUACAGAAUAGAUUUUUAUUUUGAUGAGAAUCCAUACUUUGAAAAUAAAGUUCUCUCCAAAGAGUUUCACCUCAAUGAAAGUGGAGACCCAUCCUCAAAAUCAACUGAGAUCAAAUGGAAAUCUGGGAAGGACCUGACAAAACGUUCAAGCCAGACACAGAACAAAGCCAGUAGGAAGAGGCAGCAUGAAGAGCCAGAAAGUUUCUUCACCUGGUUCACUGACCACUCUGAUGCAGGGGCUGAUGAGCUAGGAGAAGUCAUCAAGGAUGACAUCUGGCCAAACCCCUUACAGUACUACUUGGUUCCUGACAUGGAUGAUGAGGAAGGGGAGGGAGAGGAGGAUGACGAUGAUGAUGAAGAGGAAGAAGGAUUAGAGGAUAUUGAUGAAGAAGGAGAUGAAGAUGAGGGGGAGGAAGAUGAAGAUGAUGAUGAGGGUGAGGAAGGAGAGGAGGAUGAAGGAGAAGAUGACUAAUUGAACACUGAUGGAUUCCAAACCCCCUUUUUACCUUUUUAAUUUUUCUCCAGUCCCUGGGAGCAAGUUGCUGUCUUUUUUUUCUUGUGCUCAGUCGCCUUGUUCUCUUGAGGUCUCUUUUUCUCUCCUCUACACCAUGGUUCACCAUUUAUUUUGGGGGAAAUAACCUUGAGCAGAAUACAGUGGAAAAGAAUCUACCAGUUUCUGUUUCAAGUUCAUUUUUAUCCCUUUCUGUCUCAAAAAAACCAACCAACAAACAAAACAAAAACUGUUUAUGGAAUCAACACACCAUGUUCUGUGGGAAAAAAGAAAACCUUCUGCUCCCUUCACUCUGCUGGAAGCUGAAGAGUGCUAGGCCCCUGUGUAGUAGUGCAUAGAAUCUAGCUUUUUUCCUUCUUUCUCUGUAUAUUGGGCUCAGAGAUUACACUGUGUCUCUAUGUGAAUAUGGACAGUUAGCAUUUACCAACAUGUAUCUGUCUACUUUCUCUUGUUUAAAAAAAAGAAAAAAAAACUAAAAAAAAAAAUAAAAAUAAACCUGGGGUUAUAGAAGGUGAGCUGGGGUGGGUUUCGGAGGUGUGGGUGGGUUAAGUGGGCAUUUUGACAACAUGGCUUCUUCUCCUUUGGCAUGUUUAAUUGUGAUGUUUAACAAACAUCCUUGCAGUUUAAGAUGACACUUUUAAAAUAAAAAUCUUCUCCUAAUGAUGACUUUGAGCCCUGCCACUUGAUGGAGAAUCAGCAGAACCUGUAGGAUCUUAUUUGGAAUUGACAUUCUCUAUUGUAAUUUUGUUCUUGUUUAUUUAAAAUUUCUUUUUUUUUUUUUUUUUUGGUUUUUUUUUUGGUUUUUUUUUUUGUUUUGUUUCACUGGAAAGGAAAGAAAGAUGCUCAGUUUUAAACGUUAAAGUGUACAAGUUGCUUUGUUACAAUAAAACUAAAUGUGUACACAAA